UCGACGACGCAGCGACGACGACUCAGAGAGAGAGAGAGAGAGAGAGAGAGCAGCAGCAGCAGCAGAGCCUCCUGUGUGUGCGACUGUUGGCCUGGGACGUGGGCCGUGAUUCAACGCCAGACCACUGCAUUCACGUCCAAACGCCAAAACAGAUGUGGAGUGACUGUCGAAAUUUCUGACACAUCUCGGACCCACGAGUUUGUCACCGCCAAACCAACGAGUCCCUUUUUUUUUAAGCGUAUAUUUUCAACGCGACAAUUGGCAAGUGCGCGCGCGAGUGAGACAACCCAGGUCCCCGGAGCCCCAAUAAAAAGCUGAGCCAAGGUUUUUUUUUUUUUUUCACACAGAGACAAACCAAUUUCUGACGGAAAAUAAAGCAAUCGCCAUGAGCGAGCUGAGCCAAGAAGAAAUGAGAAAACGACGAUUAGCUCGUUUGGCAGGCUUGAACACUAAUAACACACCUGCUGGUUCAUCCAACACCACCGCUCCAAUUUCUCCAAGCACUCCAGGCCCGUCAAAAGUAUUUGCAGAAUCGAUAUCUCCUUCUAUUCAACAACAAUCACAGCGCGCUGAUGUAUUAAUGGAAGUGGAGGAAAGCAGUGACAAACAAAGUCUUACUUCUGGAAUAGAUGUCGAUUCCGGAAUAGAAAAUAUGGAAGUGGAAGAAUCCGAUAGAAAAUAUUCAUUCGUUACAAGAUCACGUACAACGAGUUCUAGCAUAGAGAUCACAACAGAUUACAUAUACACAGUCAUAUCGCGUAUAUUGUGCAUAUCGUGGAGGAGUCCUGCGGAGGGAAGUAUAUUCUUGCCGCAAACAGCAACUUACACCCAGAAAGCAGCGCAUACGCUAAGUUUUAAAGAUAUAAUCAAUCAGGCCUUAAUGGAGAUUUUGUGUAUGUUUUCGCGAGGGGAAGAUCCUUUGAAGGACGUCACGGUCGACAUGUCGUUGGAUCAUGAAGACAGUCCAAAUAGCCAAGCGAGUCCUAUGCUAAGUCCUGUCGUUCCUCUUCCAUCUUAUCAAUUGCCGCCAAUACCAGUGCCUAUAGGCAGCAAGUCGUCCCAACCGAAAAGUUUAACUUAUUUGUUAGACUGUUAUUCAAGAGUCGCGGUCGAGGAGAGAAAUAAUCCAAAGCGGUCGAGCAUACCUCCUCUUUCCGACGUAUUGACAAAUUUGAGAGCGCAAUGUGUUCAGUAUUCCAGUCUCGUUUUGCAAGGAAUAAUCGGUACUUCCCAAGUAUUGCGCUCGUCUUCGCGCUCGCUCAUGCAUAACACCCACUUGCUCUACCCGAUAUUGUUGCAAACCUUACCUCGGGGUUAUCUUCACGAACUUGUGGCCAGGACUCAUACAAAUCUACCUGCGUUUACCAAAAUAUUCACACCUAUCUUGCAAGGUUUGUAUCUUGCGAUGCAGCAAGCGAGUUUGGUCUGCAACACCCACAGAAGACCGCUCGAAGCUUUGGAGGAAUUGAUAGAAAUUCGCUGCGGUCCGAACGGCAACAUACGUCCAAUUUGCCGUUUGAUCACGUGUCAGAUUCAAUUUUUGCCGAUUACCCUGACCUCGGCCGCCGGUAGAGAACUCACGAAGACCUCGUUUUUUGGCCCGUUCCUGUCGGUAUCGAUAUUUGCGGAAGAACAACCAAAAGUGGCGGAAAAAUUCUUCAGCGGAAAUCCAGUUACGGACAAAUCGGUGAAUCUGACUUUGCAGCAAGAAUUGGAAAGUGUCAGAACUUCGUUGUACAAAAUGUUUCACGCGAUAUUACAGAACAGCAAUUGUCGCGAUGAAACCUUAAUGUAUUUGUCGACAUUGCUACGUUUCAACGAGAAACGCACUCAAAUACAAACGGAAGAAUUCUCUCUGGCCGGUGAUGGAUUUAUGUUGAAUCUAUUGUCGGUUUUGCAAUUGCUAUCCGUGAAGAUCAAACUUGAUACAAUAGAUCCUUUAUAUCCAUUUCAUCCAUCCAGCCUUGUCGAGAUAAAGAACGACACAAGACUGAAACUCAGUUCGCAAGAAGUCGCUGAAUGGCAAAAAAAUCUUGAGAAAACGCACAAAUGGUCGGAAGCAAAAUUUCCUACCCAAUGUUGGUUUCUCACGUUACAUUGUCAUCACAUAGCUCUGAUACCGGCUUUACAAAAGUAUCAGAGAAAAUUGCGAGCGUUACGGGAUUUGCAAAAGAUGCUCGACGAAUUACAAGCGACGGAACCACAAUGGAAAGACAGUCCUUUCGCGGAACACAACAAAGACUUGAUCAAACAGUGGAAACAACAGUUAAAACGAUUAGUUAAAUCGAAAUUGUGCGCGGACGCGGGUCUAAUAGAUCCGGUAUUUUUGCGAAGGUGUUUGCACUUUUAUAUAUCCGUGGCCGACGUUUUGCUGAGUCUCUUGACGCAAACGCCACCGGGUAGUCUUCUUUUCGAACUUCCGCUUCCUCAGGAAAUUACAUGCAAAUUUACAGCAUUGCCGGAAUGGUACGUGGAGGAUAUUGCGGAGUUCUUGUUAUUCACACUCCAAUUUUGUCCCACGGUAGUGGCAAAUAAUAUGGACAAGUCACUUAUUACUUGGUUAUUGGUUGUCGUGUGUACGCCGCAUUGUAUACGAAAUCCAUAUCUAAUUGCAAAAAUCAUCGAGGUUCUCUUUGUGAUAAAUCCAAGUGUUCAGGGAAGAACGGAAACUCUUUACGAACAAGUGAUGGCACAUCCAAUAUCCAAAACGUUUUUGGCGUCGUAUCUCAUGAAAUUUUACACCGACGUUGAAACAACCGGAUCUAGUUCCGAGUUCUACGACAAGUUUUCGAUACGUUAUCACAUAAGUCUGAUAUUGAAAUCGAUGUGGGACAGUCCGGUUCAUCGAGCAUCGAUCGUCAAUGAGAGCAAUAACGGCAAACAAUUUGUCAAGUUUGUUAACAUGCUGAUGAACGACACCACCUUUCUGCUGGACGAGAGUUUGGAAUCAUUGAAACGUAUACACGAGGUGCAGGAACUGAUGUCGGACACGAGCGCGUGGGGCGCGCUAACUCAGGAGCAACAACAAUCGAGGACAAGGCAAUUGGCAACGGACGAGAGACAAGCGAGAUCUUAUCUAACACUGGCCAAAGAAACCGUUGCCAUGUUUCAUUAUCUAACAAUCGAUAUAAAGGAACCGUUUUUAAGACCGGAAUUGGUCGGACGAUUAUGUGCCAUGCUUAAUUUCAAUUUGCAACAGUUGUGCGGACCCAAGUGCAAAAAUCUGAGAGUGAGAAAACCGCAGAAGUACGGUUGGCAACCGAGGACAUUGCUAAGCCAAUUAGUUGACAUAUAUCUUCAUCUUGAUUGUGACGAGUUCGCUGCCGCUUUAGCCAGUGAUGAACGUUCGUUCUGCAAGGAAUUGUUCAACGAUGCCGCGAGUAGACUGGAAAGAUCAGCGAUCAAAACCACCACGGAAAUCGAGAGGUUUAUCGCGCUCGCGGAACGCGCGGCGAUAAUUGCGCGGGACAAUCGCGCGCGCGACGCGGAUUACGGCGACGCUCCCGAGGAAUUCCGAGAUCCAUUGAUGGACACUCUCAUGGAGGAUCCGGUAAAAUUGCCAUCUGGCAUUGUCAUGGACAAAGCGGUUAUUAUCAGACACUUACUCAACAGCGCCACGGAUCCUUUCAGUCGGCAGCCACUUAGCGAAGACAUGCUCACACCAAUGCUCGACCUAAAAGAAAGAAUAUCCACGUGGAAGCAGCAAAAGAAAAAAUCGACAAAUGUAUAAAAAGGUGCUAUAUGAGGUGUGACGAGGAUGCAAAGUAAAGAUAAUAGAUAAAGUGAAGAGAAGAAUUACGACCGCGCGCGAAUCGCUGUAAUAAUCGAUAAUUAUACGAUACACUUUACAAUAAGUAUCGAGAAGUCCGGGCAAAAAGUGUAUACAAUUUUAUCUUGUCAAUAAGAGAGCUGACCGAACGUAUCGUCUAAUGUGUCGAAACUAGUGCAGUUGACAAUUUAUAGUGCAAUGAUCUCGCUAUUGUGCAACAGUUGCGCUCAAUAAAAACAAAUUUACAGUUUUUAUACAAUAAAAAUAUUAAACAGACUGCAGCUAGCGAACUGCCACUAUUGCUCCAAGAAAAAAACAAAAAACAAAAACAAAAAAAAAACAAAAAAAAAACAUACUUUAGAAAUACUUGUAAAUAAUUGCUGGCUCUAUGUGUCAGAAACUAAAAUUAUGAAAAAAAAAAAAAAGGAUUAUUCAAUUAAUAAGCUCCUUUACUUUUUACGUCCUUUGAUGUAUGCGUUGUAGCGGGUGAAAAAAAAAAAAGAAAAAAAAAAUGCCUCAACCACAAUCCCGCAAAAAAAACAUUUAUGUUAAAUAGUUAUAAACUUAUAUAGUAAAAAAAUAUGAAUAACUACUAUAUACUUCCACGAACUCGACAUUUAAAAAAUAAUAAAAACGAUAUUGACGUAAAAACUUCAUGCAUAAGGGUUUAUGAUUUAUUAUUGAUUUCACAGCAUAAAAUUGAUAAUGCAAAUCUUGUUUUUUUUUUUUAUCACUUAUAAUCUUAUAAACAAAACUCUAAUAUUCUAGAAUUUUAAUUACUUUACCAAUAAUAUAAUUGUUCUUUGUCGUUGUGACAAAAGAAAGGGAAAUCGCAAGAAUAAUUGAACAAACUGUUAGACAAAUACACACAUGCGUAUAUAUAUAUAUAUAUAUAUGUAUAUAUGUAUAUGUAUAUACACAUAUACAUAUAUAUUAAUAUCUGCCGACCUUUGAGUAAAUCGCAAAUACGAUAAAUUCGACUCGCGUGAUAUAAGAAUAUCAAAACUUAAUAGCAAGCACCGUUUUUUCUCCAAAAAAUUAUGUUUAUUUUUUGCGUCCUUUUUUUUUUGCGUCAAAUUGUCAUCUUU